AUGAGCAAGAAGAAAAGUCACACUUUAAAGGAAGCGAACAAAUCCUCGCGCAUGUAUCCAUCACUCCACCAAGAAGUCACGAAUGCGGUCUCCAAACAUAUCAGCUUGUUGGUUUUCCAUGCGGAAGAUAGCGCCGAAGGGGUCAACGAAGAAUACUCCACCUACGCUAGAGGCGUUUUCCGAUGCUACAAUGCCAACUGUUCAACAAGAUCUUGGAGUAGUGGCAAAGUGACUCUGUUAAUCAGAAAAUACCGCGAUGGUACCUAUAACGCUGUAGUAUUCAAACAGCGCUGCGAAGAGUGCAAGAGGCUCGGAAAACUGAAACUGGACGAGACGUCAUAUACCGACCGAGUUACCUACAGACUGCUGAAGUGGGCGGGCGUCGCGCAGGCGCAGCCAUACCAUGGAUCAAAGACGACCCCACCACACAAAUCCCAUCUAUGCGAAGGGUGCAAACGGGGCGUUUGUCGAGAAUCGUGA